UAGCCAAGGGGCAAGUCAGUGCCAGCAUGGCAAAAGCAACCACAGCUUCACCUCAGCUGUAAAUACAAGGACUGGGACUUUCCCUGAGUCUUUGACGGGAAGUUCUUUCAACUUACACAGACAGAAAAGGCUUGCGACAUCCCCUCAUCUGUUUCUCCCCUGUGCACUCAUCCCGGCUUCCACUAGAUAAACACCAGACGGGCUGCCAGGGUUUCUGCACUCUUCUCUGCAGCUCCUGAGGUCUCUCUUGGUCCAGCACAUUCAACAUCUCAGCAGCUUGGAAAGCACUGGCUUGCUUAGGGGGACUGCAUCAGGUUGAGUGCACAGAUUAAUACAAAUUCUUCCAACAUGAUGGCCUUGGCUCCUAACACUUCUAAGAAAAGAGAGACAGUGUGCAUAUUUGGAACUGGAGAUUUUGGACGAGCUCUGGGGCAUAAAAUGAUUCAGUGUGGCUACCCCGUGGUGUAUGGAAGUCGGAGCACCCAGAUAUCAAACCUGAUUCCCAAGGAUGCAGAGGUGUUGAGCCACGCAGAGGCAGCACAGAAAGCUGCCAUCAUCAUUAUAGCAAUCCAGAGGCAACACUACAACUUCCUUACACCACUAGCAGAAAUUCUCCGUGGAAAAGUUGUGGUGGACAUAAGCAACAACUUAAAAUUAAACCAGUAUCCUGAAUCCAAUGCAGAGUACCUUGCUCAGCUGCUGCCAGGUGCCAGGGUUGUGAAAUCCUUUAACACCGUGUCAGCCUGGGCCUUGCAGUCGGGAGCGUUGGAUGCAAGCCGGCAGGUGUUUGUCUGUGGAGAUGACAUGGAAGCUAAACAAAUGGUGAUGAAUAUUGUUCGUGCACUGGGUCUCACUCCACUAGAUCAGGGAUCCCUCUUGGCUGCUCAGGAAAUAGAAAAUUACCCUCUGCAGCUCUUUCCAAUGUGGAAGUUUCCCUUCUUUUUGUCCCUUGGCCUAACUGCAUUCUUCUUCUUCUACUGUUUGGCUCUUGAUGUAAUUUACACUUACAUAUAUGAAAACAGCAACUUUUCAUUUUUUAUUGCAUUUACCAUUCCAAAUCGGAUCUGCCCUGUAAUGGCACUCAUCCUUCUUGGCUUGGUUUAUCUUCCUGGUGUACUUGCCGCAAUUAUUCAGUUAUAUAGAGGCACCAAAUACCGCCGUUUUCCAGACUGGCUGGACAAAUGGAUGCUGUGUAGGAAACAACUUGGACUAAUAGCCUUGGCAUUUGCUUCUUUGCAUGCUGUGUUCACCCUUGCUAGUCCACUUCGCUCCUUCGUAAAAUGGAGAACCAGCAAAACAAUCAUCUCCCAGGCACUGAACAAUAAAACAGAACCACUCGACACGACUAAUGCCUGGCUUAGUGACUCUUACUUGGCUUUGGGAGUUAUAGGGUUUUUUUUCUUUGUUCUUGUGGGAAUAACCUCCUUGCCUUCAGUCAGCAACAGUGUCAACUGGCGAGAAUUUCGAUUUGUACAGUCCAAACUGGGAUAUCUGACACUGAUUUUGUGUACCGCGCACACGCUGGUUUAUGGUGGAAAAUGGUUCCUGAGCCCAUCAGCAUACAAAUGGUAUCUUCCAAACAUCUAUAUGCUCUCCCUCGUUGUGCCAUGUGCUGUACUGGUAGUCAAAUUUGUGCUGAUAUUUCCUUGUGUGGACAAACCUCUCACACAAAUUCGACAGGGCUGGGAGAGGAAUCCCAAAUCCUCGGAACAAUCAAAUCACAUUAUAAACAAGUCUGCUGUAUAAUUAGACUAAACUGUAUCAUCAAAAAAAUAUUAUGAAGACACAUAAAAAUGAAGUCUUGAGCCUGCUCUAUCUGGAGAGAGAGAGAAAAAGUGAAAAACUUGGCCAGACCCUGUGUGAAACAAAGUCAUCCCAAUGACAAGCUUAAAAUACAAAUCAAAUGAAGCCAUUGAUUUUCUACACCCCAGGCAGUCUUUCACACAGGUGCAGGCCCUCUCCUCUGCUCUAUAUAUUCCCCCUUGCCUGUUUACCCUCCAUUUCUAAGAAGAGUAUGUGAGAAGGAAGUGGUGAUCCAUGUCCCUCCUCUGUAGUUUCAAACCUCCUCCAGAGCUGGGCAGAUCCACAGUAACCUUUGCUGUUAGACAACGUCCGCUCCUCUUCCCUAUCCUGCCCUUUGGGACUCAGGUCUACAUACACCUACAAGCAUCCACAGAGAUCCAUAUACACACCUGCAUGUAUUUCCACACAUUUCCCUGUUUCCACCCCCAGAAUCCACCAGCACCAAACGAACAGAUGCACGAUGGAUGCUAUCUCUUCCUCCUAGCAAUAGUUUAUCCUCCAUUAACAUCUAAUUCAAAGACAUCUAUGUUCAUACCUUAGAGAUAAUUGAGUAAGAUUUGUUUAGUUUAUGUACAAUGAUAUUCAAAGGAUAUGGGUCAAGGACUGCUGAAUCUUUGCUUGCACUGCUCUACCAGAAAUUUGGGGGCAAGGGGAAGGAGGAAAGAUCAAAAUGCCAGAGAGAUGUGAGAAGUGCUCACAAACCCACGCAUCUCAAGUAUAGGCAAAAAAAGAUCUGUGAUCUUUUAUGUAAGCAGUGAGUUGUAAGGAAAGAAACUAAAGGAAAAUCCUUUCUGUAUGAGGCAGUUGUAUUAUACGUCAUAGUUAUAUCUCAUGAAGAGAUAGUUGGUAUUUAAAAAAUCAAAUUUUUGGAUGUUAUAUUACAAAUAUUCUAUGAAAAUACACAUAUUUUAAAGACAAUAAAGAUUUUUUUUUACACUGUUGA